AUGACUCAACAAUCUAAUAAACCAAAGCAAGCUCAAGCCAUCGCCUUUCAGUAUCCUUGCUACAUCUGCAAAGAGAUAUUCAGCACUGCUGUUGAUGUCAAAUCUCAUGUCAUCUGUGUCCAUUACUACUCCCUUCCUGAAUUAGCAUCUGAUGCAGGUCAAACCAGACCAGCAGAAGACAAUCUCGAGUUCAAGGAGUUUCCUCAGUCAAAGGAGGAUGCCAAAGACCUUGUAUUCCAUUCUGCUUGUCCAUCUUGCUGGUACCACUGUCCUACCCAAGAUGUUAUCGAAUUGGAAAUUCAUGUUAUAGAUGUUCAUAAUCCCAUCAGCAUCAAUACGGCUCAAGAGCAAGGCGAAUCCUCUAUUGCAGCUCCUCCUCAAGACAAGGAGCAAGACAGGAAGCAAGAAACUGCACCUACCAUGGAGGACCUCUUUGAAAAGUUGGAUGAUUUGAGCGAAUGCAUUCGAGCUUAUCUUGCCCGUAGAUAA